GCUAGAGAGGCCGGAGAUCAGCCGAUUGAGUGGCUAGACAGGCCGGAGGUAAGUGGCUGUAGAAGUCAGGCGGACCCGGAAUCCAGAGGAAACGGGAUCAUGACUUAUGCUUAUCUCUUCAAGUACAUCAUCAUCGGGGACACAGGUGUAGGGAAGUCAUGUCUUCUCCUGCAGUUUACAGACAAGCGGUUUCAGCCUGUCCACGACCUCACAAUAGGUGUGGAAUUUGGGGCCCGUAUGGUCAACAUUGAUGGAAAACAAAUCAAACUGCAAAUCUGGGAUACGGCUGGGCAAGAAUCCUUCCGUUCUAUCACCCGUUCCUACUACAGAGGAGCAGCUGGAGCACUGCUGGUGUACGACAUUACGAGGCGUGAAACCUUCAAUCACCUGACCUCAUGGUUAGAGGAUGCUCGACAACACUCAAGCUCCAACAUGGUUAUCAUGCUGAUUGGAAAUAAGAGUGACUUAGAGUCUCGCAGGGAUGUGAAGAGAGAAGAAGGAGAGGCCUUUGCUCGGGAGCAUGGACUUAUAUUCAUGGAAACUUCAGCCAAAACAGCCUGCAAUGUUGAAGAGGCCUUCAUUAACACAGCCAAAGAAAUAUAUAGGAAGAUCCAGCAGGGUUUAUUUGAUGUCCACAAUGAGGCAAAUGGCAUCAAGAUCGGUCCCCAACAGUGUAUUUCAUCAUCAGUGGGACCCAGCACCUCCCAGAGGGACUCUGGGGAUGUGGAGUCCAACUCUGGCUGCUGCUGAACAUCUGGCCUGGACUCUUUUUUUUCCCUUCCUGGAACAGCUUCAGAUCAAUAGGCUUAAAGAAAGAGGUCUUUCUUAUUGUAGCUGAGAAAAGCCUCUUGCAAGGUGUGAUGUUUUUCUUUUCCACUUAAAGACCAGGGGAGAAUUUGGGCCCUUACUGACCUGUCCUUCUUCAGGGAUGUGAGCAUUCCCUAUAGGUUAGGGCUCUUCUCAUCCUCCUGUUUUAAUUUCUAAAAAGUUAGGAUCAAAGUUGAUUGUCAUGAUAUUUCAAAAAUAAAUUCUUUUAUAACUAUACACAGUCUGCUCCCCACAAAGUAUUAGUUAGUAAAAGGGUCUAGGACAUUCCACUUGAGUAGUUAUUACUGGGAUCUGGCUAGCCUUUGGAUGAUAGUGCCUCCGUCUAGGCAUGUCAUUGAGUUUUUUCACUUGCCACGUGGUGAGAGUUCUUGCAGAAGGCAGUGCCUUCUAACUUGAACUGCUCAAGGAUGUUGAAGACUUCUCUCCCAUCCUAUUGCUAGUUUCUCUGUCUUAGAGUAACUACAAAACUUUUGAGAGCAGUGGAGUUGCGCCUGGACCUGUGGCCACUUACUAUAAUUACCUGAAGGAAACAUCUUUCCAUGUUCGUUUUGUUUUAGGGACCAGUAUCUCUCACCAAAUAGACCCCUACUGAUUCAUCACACUCACUUCUUAAUGAGACCUAUUUCGAUUUUUUACCCUAAUCAAGCUGAUCUGCUUACUUACUGGACAUGACAUUUUUACUUCCACUUUUAUGCCUUUCCACAUGCCCUGCUCUCUGCUAACAUUAUACUCAAAGUCCAAAAAUUUUCCUUCAGAAAGCCUUCUUUGACCAACCUAAGGACUUCUAAACAAUGAUUGAUACAGUACCCUUUGGCUUUCAUAUGUUAUUUAUUCAUAUGUAUAUUUAUUUGUAUUUAUGUUACUUUGUAAAUAUGUUUUGUAGUUGUUUUGUGUGUAGAAUUUGUCUUCCCAUAUAGGUUGUAAGCUCCUUGAGAGCAGGGACCGUGUUAUCCCUUUCCUUUUGUAAACCCCUCCCUCCACCAUUCCUUCACAGUGCCUAGUGCUAUUUAUGUGGUCAUUGAAUUUAACUGACAUACUUAAAGACUUGGAACAGGUCUAUUUUAGACUGCAGAGGAAACAAAAGGCCUUAGAGUAAUCUCUUUGGAGCUCUAUCUCAAUCUCUUCCAUCUGCUUACCCUGGAUUCUAUUAAUACAUUGAUCUUCUCCCUCUCCUCUCCCUCCCCUGGCUCUUUGCCUCCAUCCCAUGUAGCAUACAGUAAGGCUGCCUGCAUCUAAGCAGUCAAAUAAGUGGGUACUUCUCCAGCCAUUCUCCUUUUCAAGAGCAUAUACUACUAUCCUAGCCAAAUUUGCCUUUGCUUUCCUCAUCAUGCAGCCUUCUGGGUCAGUUGCUAUAUCUUUUUUUGCUUUGACAUCCCAUUCUCUUCCACAGCACUGAGGUCUCAUGAAUUUUUCUAAUUUUGUUGUUAUUGAUGAAUUGUUUCAUUAUUAAAUAUAUGCAUGUAUCCAAACUG